AUGGAAAUUGGUUACAAAUCGGGACAUCCGUUUGGUUGGUUUGUAGAAAGCAGAUUGGAGAAUGCCUGGACGCCGUUUGACGGUUGUGUCCCUAAAAGUGCCUACGUAUUUCCAGAAAAUGGACGGUGUCUGAACAAUAUCUUGGAUAGGGAUGUAUUUUCUGGCAUUGGCUGUGCCACACAUCACCCAGCAGGACCUCGUUUUCAUGUGUCCAAAGUGUCGAACGGGAAAAAGGAUAACAUCCGUGUCUCGAUCGGACUUGACCACGUUGGAAGCGUCUACGUCUACAGCGUGCAGGAGACGUGUGUCAGGUCCUCAUGCAUGGUACGGAGAUAUUUGAGAAGAGCAAAUUGCCGGUACGACCGAAGCCGGGACGUGCACUGUUGCCGGGAUGGUCAUCGCCGGGAUUGCCCAUCGCCGGAGUUGCCCGUCGCCGGGUUUAAAUCGCCCGGAUGACCGAAGCCGGGAAGUAAAUGGUCGCCGGGAAGUCGGUGCCGUGAUGGGAAUGGCCGGGAUGACCGUGGACGUUAGUAUGCUGUAAGUGAUAGUUUUAAUUACUUGAAAAAUUGAGUAAGCAUAAAGGAUACGGAAAUGUAUUAUUAAAGGGCAGUUUAAGGGUUGUUUAUACAUUAUUUAAAUAUGUAUAUAAAUAUGAUCGGUUUUUCAAAUCCAUUGAUUCUAUAACUGAGGCUUAGGAUUGCGUCUACACCAUAGGCACUAGCAUCACUAGUUAAAUAUAAAGGAUAAGACGAGUUAUAAAUAAUGCUCGUCUACACUAUCCGAUGUAAUCAAUUCUUUACUCACUACUUCACAGUUUUUAUUCAAAUGUAGGCAAAGAGUACCCCUUUGAUAUAGGUAUUCCAACUUCAUCGAUGCGAUGACCUAAAAAAUCAACUUGCUUUUUAAAGAACUGGCACUUUUUCAUUUGCUUUUACAUUAAAUUCUUGUUUUCAUAACAAGGCCGUAAAGAGUCACCAAACCCAAGUAUAUCAUCUAGAAUAGAUAAUUCCUGCAAGGUAAUCCUGGCAAAAUAGUUGACA